CAUUGAGUAAGGUUAUAUAGCUAAUUAUAGAGUUGCUGGUUAUAUGGUUGCAAACCGUUUGGUCAUGAUUAAGCUCGGAUGCCUGAAAGAAAUGUAUCUUUCAGUGCUCGUGGUUUUAUCAGUUCUAGUCUCAGCCAGAGCCGCUGUUCUCUCUUCUGAGUACGCUCACUAUGCAGCUUUGGAUCCGAAAGAGUUAAUGAAGCUGUACUGGACGGUCGACUGGGAUAAGGAAACCGUGUCUUUUGCUGUUGAGGCGGCAACUACAGGAUGGGUAGGUUUUGGAAUCUCGUCAGGGAAUGGCAAGAUGGUGGGUAGCGACAUGGUUAUUGGAUGGGUAAAGGACUCCAAAGGCUACUUGACGGAUCGUUUUGCUGAUGCAGAGAGUCUACCGCCCUUGGACUGGCAAAAAAACUACGAUUUGACUGGCUGGGAGGAAACAGACAGCAAAACCGUGUUGAAGUUUAAAAGAAAAUUUGACACCUGUGAUCCUAAAGAUAGGAAGAUUGAACAAGGUACCACAAAAGUCGUUUUUGCUUAUCACACAGAAGACCCAAAGUCUGAGAAUAACAUCAAGAAACAUACCUUUAGGGGUUCAAGGAGUAUCCUUCUCCUUAAUAAAUUGGACAAGAAAACUGUGGAUGAGAAAGGAUGGAAGCAAUUCGACGUUUUCAGUUAUAAUGUUACAAUUCCCAAAAAGCACACAACAUACUGGUGUUCUCUCGUCAAGAUCCCGGAAAUCAGAGGCAAACACCACAUAACAAAGUUUGAGCCAGUAGUAAAAAAGGGAAACGAAGGCAUCGUGCAUCAUCUUGUGGUCUACGCAUGUCCAGGGAACUAUAAUGACAGCCAUUAUGGCUCUGGGUAUGAUUGUGAGGAUCCAAAUAUGCCACUAAGAGAGUGUUACGGCUCUCAAAUUGUUGUAGCGGCGUGGGGAGUUGGAGGCGAGGCAUUUUACUAUCCAACGCACACUGGUUACCCGAUUGGAACGGAAGAUUCACCAAAUAAUUAUUAUCUAGAACUACACUAUGACAAUCCAGAGAAUAUUGAAGGACGAAAAGACAAUUCGGGAGUUCGUUUUUACUACACUCCCCACCUCCGUGACUACGAUGCUGGUACAAUGACAGUCGGAGAAGCAGUUACCUCGUAUAUGGUAAUCCCGCCACAACAAGAAUCCUGGUUAACUAAAGGAUAUUGCCCCAAAGAGUGUUAUCAGAAAACGUUGGAAUCGACAACACUUCCAGAAAAAGGGAUAAAGGUCUUUGCUUCUUUCCUUCACACUCAUCUACAGGGGCGUGCAACAUGGACGAAACAUGUCCGCAACGGAGUUGAAUUACCUGAAAUUGUCCGUGAUGACAAUUAUGAUUUUAAUUUUCAGGAUAUACAAAUUUUAAGGAAGGAGGUUCACGUAAAACCGGGAGACGAUUUGAUUCAUUAUUGCAAAUAUCAAACUAUGGACCGCGAUAAGCUCGUAAUGGGUGGAAUAGCAACCUCUCAAGAGAUGUGCCUAAACUUCUUAUUUUACUAUCCAAAAGAGUCGAAUGCCACGUUAAACUGCGUCAGUCUUCAAAGAGACCCAGUACAAGACUUCAUCAGAAGUAACAUCGCAUCCCUCAACGUGACGUCUGAGUGGUCUAAUCCUCUUGUUGGUGCGAAUGUUACUUGGACGAAAGAAAUGGCGACAGACUUGCAGAGGAGAUACAACGAAGCUGAAACAUUUCUUGUACCUUGUCUUUGGGGAAAAAUACCUGGCAACAGGUUGUCAGUGCCAAAGAUAACCCGUUCUCUACCACCAAAAGAGUCAAAGUGUGAUCAACCAGCUGCUGCCUCUGCCGUGGUGACUGCCUCGCGUUCUUUGUUUCUUUCUUUGCUGAUGGUGUAUUUGAUGUUGCUGUAAGAUUUGAGGAGGAGCUUUUUUCUUUUUUUAUGCAUGAUAAAAGAAACCGUAUUUUAAGAUAAACAUAUAGCAAAUUAAUAAACAGUUUGGUAGUUCUGAUGACUUUGCACCUGUGUUCAUGAUUCCCUUUUAUUGUGUUGCGAUAAAUCUGAAGGACGGAGAUCUAUCGGGAAGACUAUCUGUUUUUUUUAAAUAUGAUUAGAUGAAUCAAUUUUGACGGUCUCCUCGUUUUUAGAUCAACUUGUAACAUUAGAGAUAAAUGGUGAAACAGUGUGUGAAAAUUAAUGAUGAUAAAUAAUAGCACUGUUUGGAUAAUUUCACUUCUGAUCCGGCAUUAGGUUAACAAAAGUAGUUAGAAAGUACAAGAGGUGUUAGUGUGACACACAGAUUAGUUCAAGAACCGAUGACUUCUGCAUGACGAAGAUGACGCAUAGAUUGUUAAUCCUAAAGCCUAUAUACGAUGUACUGCACCAAUUAACAGACAAUAAAUUGGAAGCAGUGUUCUAACGAGCUUUAAACAAGAUUACACCCUUCCCGUCGUAGUUUCACCCUCGGAAAUCUCUUCCAUACAAGAAGGUUGCACUAAACCAACCACAGAUUAUGCUCCCCCCUGACAACCAACAAAUUAUCGCUAUUUCAUGCUUCUCUGUAAAAGUUAGCAUCAACAAACUGGG